AUGAAACUCGAAUCAGAAACGAUUGGUGAUACGGGUAUUGAUCGGCAAAUAUUAAUUUCUUAUAUUGACGAACUGAAACCUAUAAAAUCACCAAUUUAUUAUAUGGGUUCGAAAUCGACGCCAAUCGACAACUCUAUAUUGAACUUCCAAAGUACAUGUCACGAGGCGUUGGAAACCUGUAACAAACACUCACAGUGCCAGGAAAUGGUGGCGUCCAUAAUCCGGAACUGCAACCACAGACAGUGCAAGAAAGCCAACUGCAUGGAGUCGCUGCAAAACUUUUACCGCAACGAAUCGAUGCAUUCAUACGCAAUAGAAAUCGCGUUUUGUCUGUGCAAGAAAUCUGGAGUCAACAAAGACAAAUGUUUGAUAGCUCAAGAGAUGCUGCAUCCGGAAUGCGCACAGCGUGCGGAUGGCCCGGCGAAGGUGCCAUGCCAUUCCUUAGCCGAGAGCUGUCGUGCUAAAUCGAAUUGCCGGUCUCGACUCGAAGCUUUCGAACAAACGUGUUCGGUGGACCAAACUACCAGCCGGUGUGCAGGACCUCCUUCCACGUGUCGCGAGUCCAUUCUUGGCAUACUGGGGACGAUGUUAAGGACGAAUUGCGCGUGCAAGGACACGACUCCUUCCAAGUUCUACGACUGCAUGGGGUGGCAACGGGUGUUUUGGUUCAACUCGUGUGUGGUGGAAGCACAGAGGGAUUUCCACAUGACCAAGAUAAAGGACUCGGUGAAGUUAUUAUCGCGUCACUUCUACACAACCACCGCAGUGGCGGUCGAUCAUUACGACCAGACUACGGCGAUUGCGGUCAGACCACUGUCGCCGGCAGUCCCAUCGACCGAAGCCAUGGACGUGCCAACUACAACCACGGUCAGGGUACUGAUAGCCGGCAAAAAAUUUCGGCCUGAUACCACAACCGUUGCGGUCACCACGCCCAAAGCCACCACGACUUCGGUGGCGACCACUGCCGUAACAACAUCCAUCAGCACGGUUUCGACGACUGGAUCUACUACCCUCUCACUAGCCUCUCAAAUUCCUUUGCGAGGAUGUAGUUUGCAGAGAUCGCCACAUUACAAUAAACAAUUCAUGUCUGAAGGUGACGUAAUCAGGCUUCACAGUUUGGAGGACAACUCGUGCUCCGAGGUGUGCCACUGCAAGACUGGCGAAAGUCUGACUUGUCAGACCAUCUGUGUGGAAGUCGAACCGUGUGAAACGGAAAUCGCGUACUACCAUCACGAGUCACCAGCUUACAUCGCUUUUCGUGGCCGGUGCAUGUGCUACGUCGGACGAUUUAUUUGCAUGCGACCAAAAAUGGGUUCGUAUACGCUUGUACCAGGCGUGUUUCUGUUCUUGGGAUACAGCGAAAAGGACGAACAGCUGUUGAAAAGUUUGGAUAUUAUGAACUUUGAGAUUAAAGACCUGGUUUACACCAUACAGAAGUUCAUACAAGAGCACAUGGUGUUUAACACUACAUGCAAGUUGCAACUACACAGCAUGUCAUUCGAGAAUAUGAUCAUAAUGGGGAAAGCGUCUCAGAAACUUACCACUGGAGGUUACCUCAAAAACGAUGCUACGGAUAUCCGGUCUUCCGUUAUCCAAGAUAAUAUGGCGUGUUUCGAGAUCUUGAAGAACUUCUCGUUUAUGGUCACCACACAGGCCAUGCAAGUGAAAACGAACAUGCUGCUGUCCGUGUUGAAAAUCGCCGAGGUCGACAUACUACUUCCGGUUUCCAAUUCGAGGAGUGCGAACUUGUCGCCGGACACUUGCACUGCGACGUUGUUACUGGUAAUUAUCGCGGCGGCGGUAUUGUACUAG